AUGUCUGCGACGUUGGUCUCUGUACCAGGAUCCAAAGUUAUCCCUAUUAUCUCGAGACGACUUCAGAGUCAAUUGCCAGUGGGUCCGGGCAUCUUGAACAUUUCCGAUGAUAUCCUCCAUCUAUUCCAAUCCAACCAUGAUGAUUUACCCCUUGCUGAAACCUCACUUCUUUUGGAAGUCUCGGGCAACUCUCUACUGGAAUGGAUGCGUAUGCAGCGAAUGAGCUUACUCCCUGGCGAAGCGAGUAAAUACGACAACAUAUUAAGCUGGCUCAACGUCUUUCUCGAAAGAUUGCGUGCAUUUGAGGAAACAAUCGACCCGUUCACGGCAGAUAUUCACCUUGCCACUGGUCUUGCUUAUGGCCACUGCUCCAUGCUUCUUGAGCUCAGAGGUGAUGAUCCCACAUGGCUUGAAAUCCCUUUCGGGUUUUUCUAUGAUAUUUCAACUCCGCUCGCGAACUUGCUACGUGCAACAAAAGUCGAAAAUAACCCAAAAAUUGUGGAACACCUUAUCAAGGCGUUUGUCGACCUAGUGUCCCUUGUUGCUGCAGUUUCCAUUCAUUUUUACAAUUUGAGGAAGUCUUCUGGGUCACUCUCGACCAACAUUUAUGAGCAAUUUGCUGGUCGGAUUGAGAACCUUCGGAGCCUCUACAUGAGCGUCACCAUGGCGAUUUCAAUGCAACGGUUACAGGGAGAGACUCAAAAUACCGAGAGUGGUAAAAAUCUCUACGAAAUCCUCUCUUGGCUUGCGCCUAAUGAUCGUGUCGUCGCGGAGCUCAUCGAAACUACAUCACGCCAGGUUGGAGAGAGGGCUGAGCUGACUUGUUUGUGGAUACGUCCUUAUGUCUCAGUCUUCCGGCGGGGUGAAAAGGUAAAUAACCUUCAUUUUUCUGGCCAGCCAGGCUCGGGAAAGAGUGUUUCAACUCAAGUCAUUCUUGGGUACCUAAGAGACUCCUUUAGAGAUACUGCCGAUUGGCUGACUCUGUCAGUUUCCAUCAAUGCCAGUAGGCUCCCAGCAGAGAGGACUUUGCAUUCCAUUGCCCGUGCUAUACUUUACCAAAUGUUGACUCAAUCCUGUGGCAAUUUUCCGUUCUUAAUAGCACUGAAUGAAUCAUUCGAGCACAGCAAACGGCUUGCAGACGGCAAAGAAUAUGACGAUUUUCUGUGGGAUACACUGAAACGCGCACUGAUUGGCCUUGCACCCGAAACCAACCAAAUAGUUCUGGUCGUGGAUGGCGUCGACGAAGCCCUGUGUGACGAGCAAAGUCUUUUGGCCAAACUAGCCUCUUUAACAUCGGAGAUUCCGAAUAUGAAACUGAUAACCCUCGGCACACACAAACCUAUGGAAUCAGACAGUCAGCUUCUCGUUAAUUUUACUAAAGAUAGGGUUUUCGACGAUAUAUCUACUGUCAUAAGAACACUAUUCGGAGAAAAGCCGAUAUGGUGGGAUAUGCCUGAGCUUGAUCAAGAGAUUGCCAUUGACCAACUCACUGAAGCGUGUGAGGGUUCUUUUGUAUGGGCGAAGCUCGCAUCCAGACACGCCAGUGUUCAGGAAAGCUCGGAUCAAAUUCGCGAUGCCGUGGAAACUCUCGUCACCGAAAAGCCCAGUAUCUCCGACCUGAUUCUUCUGCUUCUGAGCCAAGAAGGUGUAUCUAUUGAGGCCAAACAUAUGCUCUCAUUGCUGGCUAUUGCCCAGCGUCCUUUGCGUCCAGCCGAGCUCAACAUCUUGGCUUCUAUCUCGAUCGACAAACAAAUUGUGCCUCUCAGUGACCUUGAGUUCAAGGCCUCUCUUUACCAGAACUUGAGCCCCGUCAGCGACUUAGUGUCUAUCGCGGGCGAUCUGAUUUCUCUUGGUCAUGGUACGAUAAAAGAAGGCGUAUUGGAUCUCUUGUCCCGGAACAAGUUGGACUACCACGAGGACCCUGGUAGCGAAUUCCUUACUCGGCUCUUCAUCUACAUUAAAUAUGCUAUUGAGAAUUCGAGUGAGCCUGCAUUUGAUGCGCUGGACCAGCGCACUGUCACUACAUUGCAACUCCAGAACCCGCUGCUUCAAUACGCUCUUCGCUACUGGCCUAUUCAUCUCCAAAGUCUGUCUGCUUCUCAAAAUAACACCACCACUGAUCACCUGGAGAAGAUUACCGAUGUCCUCCCAAUAUCCACGACUUUCAUCAGGCUCCUCAGCACUGUCUGGAACGGACUAACAAAACCUGAUUGCUUAAGCUACCAUGAAAUUGUGACAGACCUCUACCGCAAGUCAAUUGGAGAUGAUCAUGUUGUCACCAUGCAAUGUAUGAUACUCUUGGCAUCCCAAUACUGCCAAGUCGGCUCCGUUGACAAAGCCAUCUCCCUUUAUUAUGAAGCAGCCAUGCUCAGUCGAAAUGCGCUGACGGAGCGACUCCUUUUAACCUCGCAGUUGGUCAACCAAUUUCUGGAAUUGACUAAAGAUAUGAUGACAAGUUCCGACACCGAGAUUCUACGUUGCAGGCAUGAAUGUUUGUUGCUCCUUGUGGAAUGCCAUAAGCUUCAACACGGGGACACAUCGGAAGAGUUUAUAGCCGCAACGAAGCUACUGGCCGAGGAUCAUCAAGCACUUGGGGAGGAGCGACAGGCUCAGGGAAGAUCUAGCGAGAACAGAUCUCACGCCUUCAAGGAUAAAAAAGGGCUAUGUAGAAGCUUCCCUAUGUAA